AUGGAGGGCGACUAUACCUGGGUCUCCCGCGCAUUAGUUACUAUGCGCAAGACGAUGAUCGCACCAAUUUCCCGGUCAAAAACUUUGGAGAGUAUUGUAGCUUUGGUACUUUGUACUCUAUGUAAUGCAGCGUUUGCGCAGGACACAAAUUAUCGCGAUGUGAAAAUAGAGCAAGGAGUCGUACGAGGAUAUAGGUCGGUGGAAGAAAAUAUAUUUACGUUUCAAAGCAUUCCGUACGCAAUUGUUCCGUCCGGCCUUGAUUUUUAUAAGGCACCUCUGCCUCCGCCAUCUUGGAAUGAUACGUUCGAUGCGGUAGAUCGAAAAAUAAUAUGCCAACAACAUCGCCAAUACCCCCCCGGUCUAGUUGAAGUCAAAGAACAAUGCCUCAUUGUAAAUGUAUUCGUACCAGAUACGAAACAAGAAAAGCUACCCGUCGUUGUGUUUGUACACGGAGGAGCAUUUUUGUUCGGAUAUGGAAAUUCUCGAACGCCUAAGAAUUUAGUCAAAAGUGGUAAAAUUAUAGCAGUCACUUUCAACUACAGGGUGGGCCCACAUGGCUUCUUAUGUCUAGGAACAGACGCGGCUCCGGGUAAUGCUGGAAUGAAAGACCAAAUAGAACUACUUAGGUGGGUUCAAAGGAACAUUGCUGAAUUUGGCGGUGAUACAAGCGAUGUAACAAUUGCUGGUUGCAGCGCUGGCUCGGCAUCUAUAGACCUACUAUUGAUCUCAAAACAAAGCAAAGGAUUGUUUAAAAGAGCAAUAGGAGGUAGCGGGAGUAAUCUUAAUGCCUUUGCUGUCCAAACGAGGCCGUUAGAGAACGCAAAAUAUUUCGCGCAACAAAUGGGGUUCAACGAUACGAACGAUAUUGUUGCGUUGGAAAAAUUCUAUCUGAACACCCCAUAUGAAGCACUAUCCCUUAAAUCCGCUGAAUUAGCACAAACCACAAACUCGGUCACCUUAUUCUCACCGUGUGUGGAGAAAGAUAUUGGUCAAGAAAUAUUCCUUCAUGACAGCCCGUUUAAGAUACUAAGUGACGGGAACUUCCUAAAGGUACCUAUGUUAUAUGGGUAUUGUAAUAUGGAAGGAAUAUACCGGGUCAAUAUGUUCGAUACAUGGAGAGACAAAAUGAACGAGAACUUUGUGAACUUCCUUACACCAGAUUUAGGAAAUGAUGAAGAAAAUAGGGUAAAACUGGCAGAAGAUAUUAAGCGACUUUAUUUUGGCGUCGGACCCGUUACAAAUAGUAGUAUUUUAGAUUACAUAGAUUUUUUCACAGACAUCAUGUUUGGCUAUGGUAUGUUAAGGUCUGCUAAACUGCAAUUAGAUGUUGGAAACGAUCAGCUUUAUCUCUAUAAAUAUUCAUUUGCGGAUGAAAGUGAUGAUUAUAUACCGCACACAGCAGAACGUGGGGCCACGCAUUGUGCGCAAGCGCAUGCUGUCAUGGAUUUGGGCGACGAAAGUAAGCUAUCAGAGAAGUAUAGGAACGUCAAAGUUAUUAUGCGAGACCUUUGGCUAAAUUUCAUCACCACAGGAGUGCCAGUACCAGCCGGUUCGAACUACCCAGCCUGGCCACCGAUGUCGCAGCAAAGAUCCUACAUGUCCUUAAACAGUACUUUAGAAUUCAGGGAUUCUAUGCUCUCCGAAAGAACGAAAUUUUGGGAAGAGGCUUUCGCGAAAUAUUACAAAUACCCAGCACCACCGAAUCCGACUAGCAGUUCCACCUCUAUCAAUGUGCCCCACAACAUGCAUUCGGACUUACGUUGCAGUAACAAUUAUUGA